UUGUCUUCUACUUCUCAACACCUUCUGCACUCCGUGGAUAACAUAUCCCGCGACCAUAGCCCGAACCCGCAAUCCAAAGUCACAAAACCAAGUGAGACCCAACAACUGGGAGUCUUAGACAGAGCAAGUCCUGGAGAAGAUACAACAGAAGUCAUGAAUCACAAACAUGAUCUUCCUCAUCAAAAGAAGCCGACGUCCAAGCCGAAGGCCGUGAUUGUAGGAGGGAGCAUAGCAGGCGUGUCCUGCGCACACGCGCUCAUUCGGGCGGGGUGGGACGUUGUGGUCAUGGAGAAAUCGCGCAGGCCUCCAAAAGGAAGCCCUGCCGGUGCAGGACUCAGCUUGGAUCCGCUCUCUCAGGAGCUCAUCAGGUCCUGGACUGGACGCCCUGAACUUCUCCGUGACAUCACCUCUCCUGUCACCAUUGAUCUUAACCAAGCAAUCAACGAUGAGAAAACCAGGAAGGUACUAGCAAGAGAUGAGAAUUUCAAUCAUAGAGCAGCACAUUGGGCUGCUCUGCAUGACCACCUGUUCAGUGCAUUGCCACCACAAUUAUUCCUCUGGGGCCAUCUUUUCCUCUCUUUCUCUGUUUCCAGUGAUACGCGAUCAGUCAAAAUCAAGGCUCAAGUUCUCGACACCGGAGAAACCACUGAAGUAGAUGGAGAUUUGCUAGUCGCUGCAGAUGGAUGCCUCUCUCUAAUUCGCAAUCACUUUCUCCCCGACGUCAAACUGAGAUAUUCAGGCUAUUGCGCCUGGAGAGGAGUUUUUGAUUUUUCGGAGAUUGAAGAUUCUGAAACUGUCAAGAAAGUUAGGGAGGCAUAUCCAGAACUUGGGAAUUGCUUGUACGUAGACUUGGCGCCCGGAAAUCAUACCGGUCUUUUUGAGAUCCCAAACAAAAGGCUGAACUGGAUAUGGUAUUUGAAUCAACCUGAACCUGACUUGCAGGGGAAUUCAGUUACUACGAAAGUAAGUGAUGACAUGAUUCAGAAGAUGUACCAAGAUGCAGAGAAAAUUUGGCAUCCGGCUUUGGUUCAGCUCAUGAGGGAAACUAAAGAACCUUUCAUAAAUGCCAUUUACGACUGUGAUCCCCUAGAACGAAUAGUUUGGGACAAGGUAGCACUUGUUGGUGAUGCUGCGCACCCAACGACACCACACAGCUCAAGGAGCACAAACAUGUCGAUUCUGGACGCAGCUGUCCUAGCUCGAUGUUUGGAGAAGUGGGGGGUGGAAAAUCUAGGAGCUGCCCUUGAAGAAUACCAAUCCAUUAGGCUACCUAUUGCAUCCAAGCAAGUCUUGCAUGCCCGGCGAGCCGGGAGGAUGAAACAAGGCCUUAUGCUUCCUGACAGCAAGCCUUUCAAUCCUAACACAGCCACUCGGGAGGAAUGCAAGAUGCUUCCGCAGAGAAGCGUGCCCUUCUUCGGACAUAAUCCUCUGCUUGGUUCAAGCAACCUUUUAUUGGCCGGCGAACGGUGAACAUCUUGUAUUUGUUCCCAUCCUGGUCAUUCCAAUUAUGGAUUUCAGACAUGUCAGAGAUUAUUUCUAGCUGUAGCUGGAUAUAGCAAGAGAUGUGUCUUCCUAAGCAUGCCACUUAAACCAGGAUCAUCAUGGAUGGUGACAGGCAUGUGAGACUUGUGUUAGAGGGUUAAGGAUCAUUUUCAUCUACUGAAGCACUUGGAUUAGGCAAACUGUUGUCUGUAAUGUUGGGAAAUUUAAUGAUCAAAAGGGAAGAAAUUGAGUCAGACUUUGAGGCAUGA